AUGGAUUCAUCAGUUUCACCGUUUAGCUACCGGGAUAUCAUACAAGAAGGUGAUCUGGCCCUUGUUUGGAUCUCAAGAGACAAUAUCAAGCCAAUUAUUGUCGAUGCCAAUCAUAUGUUUAACACCAGAUAUGGUUCAUUCUCUCAUAAGAGUAUGAUUGGUAAGCCCUAUGGGUCCCAAAUUGCCAUUAGAACAAAAGGUCAAAAUAGAUUCUCAUUUAUUCAUGUCAUGCAACCAUCCCCAGAGUUAUGGACUUUAUCACUUCCGCAUAGAACUCAAAUUGUCUAUACACCAGAUUCUUCUUACAUUAUGCAAAGACUUAAUUGUAAUCCAUGUUCAACAGUCAUUGAAGCUGGUACGGGUUCUGGCUCAUUCUCUCAUGCAUUUGCAAGAACUGUUGGUCAUCUCUACAGUUAUGAAUUCCAUUCGGUUAGAUACGAACAGGCACUAAAAGAGUUCAAGGACCAUGGAUUACCAAACGUUACAUUGACACACAGGGAUGUUUGCUCUGAUGGAUUUACCAUUAAGAGAAACGACCCUACAUCUUAUCUUUUCCAAGAUGACGCUGCACAAGCUACCAUUAAUGCCAAUGCUGUUUUCUUGGAUUUACCGGCACCUUGGGAUGCGGUACCGCUGUUGGACCAGGUAAUCGCUAGAGAUCAAAAAGUUGGUGUAUGUUGUUUCUCCCCUUGUAUCGAACAAGUAGAUAAAACGAUAGAAGCCCUGGAGAAAUGUGGAUGGACAGAGAUCCAAAUGGUCGAGAUUCAGGGUAAACAAUGGGAAUCUCGUCGACAAAUGGUAAGGACUUUGGAUGACGCAUUGGAAAGACUCAGAGAUGUUAGAAGACGUAAGGAGGAAGGUAUUGAACGACGUAAACAGAUGUACGAUGCUGUACUAAAGGAUGAUGAGGCUGAUGGUGAAAAGUCUGAAAGACCACAACCCCCAAAGACCAAAUUUAAUCCAUUUGGUAAAGGUACGAGGGUCAGAGAAGGUGAUGUCAAUUACCAAUGGAAACAAGUGACUAAAGUCGAGCCUGAAAUUAAAUCUCAUACGUCUUUCCUUACAUUUGCAUUUAAGAUUAUGGAUAAAUCAAGAAUUUGUUAA